AUAUCUGUGAUUCGAAAUUGAACAAUUUUUUGAGACAUGAAAAAGUUGUCAUCUGUUUCGUAAUUCUUCAAUAUUUUCAUAAGUAUGUGCAAUUGUCCAACUCUAGCACUCAAGAUAUCACUUCUGUUAUUGCUGGCCGUGACCAUAGCGAUAAUUAUCAUGGAAAUGGUAUACAGCAUUACGAACUUUAAAUCAAAAUCCAAUGUGUUUAUUCUAUGCCUAAACAUAUUGGCGUGCCUUAUUGUGCUGGUUUUUUUGACCGUCGGAAUAUUUGGCGUUUUGAUGGAAAGGAUCAAAAUAAUAAGGAUGCUGAUGUUCUCUUUGGUGGCGUUCUGCCUGAUUAGGGUGGUCAUUUGGAUAGUGUGUGGGAAUCUGGAGGAUAUUCUAACCAAAACCAUCACUCACCUAUGGUUCCAGCUCAACACGGCGCUCUCGAUAACAUGUACGGUUAUGACUGUCAUGUUCUGUAUGCGGCUGCACAUGCUCUCUCAACAGCUCCAACUGGAUCAAUAGUAUAUGCCCAACAAUGAUAAUAUUAAUAAUGUAACUAUGCUGGUACUCAUCGAAUUUAAUUCGAUUUAGUAUUGAUAUCACAAAUUACAUUUUGAUAGACUGGUUUCCACUCAAGUAAUUAUUAUCUUCAUUUAAUUUUUUUUGGCUCUCAA